AUGAAGCCACGGCUACCCGUCGCCAUUGCUCGACUUGUCAAUGUGGCCAAAGCGGCUGAUGAACGGUGCAGGAAUGCAUUCAAGCUGAGAGGCUUGUUUAAUGCAGCAUUGCUAUCACUCGAGAUGGAGUUCUCUGUGGAGGGCUUGAGUCAAGUUGUCUGGGCAGCGGCACGGUUGAAGCAUCGAGAUGAAGACUUCUAUGUCCAUCUAUAUAAACUGACAACUGCGAAUACGUUCACGUUCACAAGCCGUAGCGCUGCACUCUAUCUAGAGGCCUUGGCCCUGGACAAGUCAGCUUGGUCGCAGAGUGCUGUCGAGGCCGUCAUGGAGCAAGUCUCGUCGCUGACCAUAGAUGAAAGCAAUCCUCGAGAUGUAUGCCAAAUCCUGCGGGCUUGUGUGAAACUGGAGAGAGGCUGCCAGGCUCCAUCAUGGGCCAUCGAAGCGGCUCUGCUGACCAUUAGGAACGACUCUUGGGCGACCGGUGGAUCUCAUAAUUAUGAAGCUUGCGUCGAAGAGCUGUGUUGGUCGUUGGCGAGGAUUCGUAGCACGCGAGCCCAGAUGCUCAAGGCAGUGCAUGAAGCUGUCGAUAGUGAACGGCUCAUUCUGUCCAGCAUGGCCCCAGUCCAGCUAGCAUCUCUUCUACUCUCGAUGGGUAUGGCCUCAGAUGCCGGCCGUAUAACCAUCUCUGCAAAUCGAGCGCUCAUGGCUCGGCUGGUCUCCUAUUGCGAGGCUGGGUCGUGGGUCGGUGUCACGGCUCCUGCCCUCAGCAGCGUCGUCUGGGCGUGUGCUCGCGUCGGAGUUGAGCAGCUCACUGACAUCACUAUUGAUGCAUCACACCCGUUUAUGUCGAUGGACUUCAGCAGCCUUAAUGAGAAAUCGAUGGCACGCCUUAUUCAUGGUGCUCUACAGCUGUACAACGGCAAGUUGCCAAUCUGGUUGAAUAUCGAGAAGUUGGCACCUCACCUGAGGAGACUGGUCCCCCUUAUGAACGCUAGGGAGGUCAGUGAUAUCAUCCGGGCGUUGCCACCGACAGCAGCGAACGAAAACAAUGGAGUGUCGCGGCUUAUGACUGCGAUAUGGGGAAGGACCUUGGCGCUUGUGCAAGAGGUCGCUGAUGACACUCCUCGUAGAAGCAAGGUGGACGUCAUGGCAUUGGUGGUACGGUGCUAUGGGCUGAUCCCUUCGGCAGAGGUGGCAGCAGCAGCUGAGAGUGUGGCUGGAUUGGAAAGUCAACAAACCCUCUUGCCAGAGCAACGCCUCUUGAACGCUCUUGGGAAGACUGGUGCCACCUAUGUGUUGCCACAAGCCUUGGUGCAAGCAACUCUCAAGUCUCUCGAGGUAUCGGACAGCCGGCUUCUAAUCGAUAUUGACCCUCAUCACCUUCGGUACAUUGCUUCGCAUGGGCUGAUUGCUUCCCUCGGACUCGCCACUCCGAAGACUGAUGGCUUCUCGUCAGGUCGUGGUUCAGCCAGACCGACUGAUUUGUCCCCUACACACGUAUUGGAGAUCCUCGUCGAGGAAUGUAACCGUCGAGAAUGGCGAGACUUCACUCCUGGCCAGCUGAGCCGCAUAUUCUGGGCAUGUGCCAAAUGCGAAAUACAUUCCAUUAUAUUGAAGUCCACCUCUAGCGUCAACCCGCUGCUUUGGGUCUCCUUGGACGAUUUCAGCGGAGCGGAGAUGGCCAAUUUCGUAUGGGCUAUCCACAAAUUGGCUGGGAAUACUUGGCCAUCGUGGUGCAACAUUCAAGCGAUCAGCUCCUCGAGUGCGCCAUCCACGAUGAGCCUCCAUGAUCUCGGUGUUUUAGCGUUUGCAUUGGCUAAAGUGGAAGGGACCUUUGCUGACAGUGUGUUCGACAGUAUUUGGCAACGUUUGAAUAUUAUAAUAGCUGGAAGUCCGAGACCAGACGGGAAAGAGACAGCCAACUUGGUGUCGAUAAUGUGGUCUUUUGCAUGGAGAGGUUGCUCAGACGGAGUGCAACAAAUGAGCGUGUCGGUCAUGGACGAAUUGCCACACCUCUCGGCUGAGACGCAGAGCUUAGCACUCUGGGCGAUGGCCAAGGCGAAGCUGCGUCUCCCAGCAUAUGUCUCUAGGAGUGUCCAACAGAGUCUACUUUCACGACCGAUUACUCGGCAUACGGCGAAUGCAUUGGUGAACCUGUGGGUCCUCCGACCAUCUCAAAGAGUGAUCUUCCCCAACCCUCUUAGCGAUUUCCCUCCUGAGGGCUUGUGGAAGCUCGUGGGUAUAACAGCUGCCAGUCGCUCGCUUCGGCGUGAAGCACUCUCACUAGCCCUUAAAUGCCGUGGAGUAGUCGUGCCUUCAGCUGCGGCUCAUUAUGCUGGCUGUCUCACUGUAGAUGAAGGCUUCUUACAGUGUUCUCCCUUACGAAUCAAUAUACUGCGACCAUUAGUUCACGUCAAUCGGACCCCUCCGAAAUAUUUGACCAAGUUGGCAUGUCACCUGUGUGAUCUAGCAUAA